AUGACCACUUCCCAUGUGAAUGGUCAUGUAGCAGAAGAUUCUGAUAGUGAGAAGCACAGCGUAGAGCUUUCUCCAGAAGAGCCACAGAAGCACAGAGAGAUGGCAGUGGAUUGCCCAGGGGACUUGGGUACGCGGGCAAUGCCCAUACGUCGAAGUGCGCAACUUGAACGAAUUCGGCAGCAGCAAGAAGACAUGCGCCGUAGACGUGAAGAAGAAGGAAAGAAACAGGAUUUGGAUGUUAAUUCUUCAAUGAGACUUAAGAAAUUGGCACAAACAUUUCCUAAAACUGGAAUAGAUAACCCUAUUUUUGACACCGAUGAAGGACUUGUUCUGGAAAGUCCCAGUCAUGCUGUAAAAGUAUUAGAAGUGGAAGAUCUGCUGUGUUCAUUGAAAGAGAUCCAGCACACUUUGGUAGAUUCACAGAGCCAGGAAGAUUUAUAUCUACUUCUACAACUAGUGCAAAAUAAAGACUUUCAGAAUGCAUUUAGGAUUCACAAUGCUGUUGCUGUCCACAUGAACAAAGCUAGUCCCCCAUAUCCACUUAUUCCAAAUGCCCAGGAGUUAACACAAGAGGUACAGCAUGUUCUCAAGACAAGCCAUCAGAAAGAAUGUCAAGAACUUAAUGAUUUACUAAGCACACCACACAUUCAGGCUCUCCUUUUGGCGCAUGACAAAGUGGCAGAGCAGGAAAUGAUGCCAGAGUCUAUUUCGGAAGAUAAGUUUUAUGAAAACAUUGGGCAAUAUGGAGAUGAAAUGGUUAAAAUUGUAAGAAUAGAGAAGGCAAAAGAUAUACCACUGGGUGCCACAGUACGGAAUGAGCUGGACUCUGUCAUUAUCAGCCGCAUAGUGAAAGGAGGUGCAGCUGAAAAGAGUGGACUUCUGCAUGAAGGAGAUGAAAUUUUAGAAAUAAAUGGUAUUGAAAUUCGAGGAAAAGACGUCAAUGAUGUUUUUGAACUACUGGCUGAAAUGCAUGGGACACUAUCUUUUGUACUCAUUCCAAGUCAGCAGACAAAGGCUCCACCAGCAAGAGACACUGUGAUACACGUGAAAGCACAUUUUGACUAUGAUCCUACUGAUGACCCAUAUGUGCCAUGCCGGGAACUGGGUCUAUCCUUCCAGAAAAAGGAGAUAUUCUUCAUAUCAUCAGCCAGGAUGACCCAAAUUGGUGGCAGGCUUACAGGGAUGGAGAUGAAGAUAAUCAGCCUCUUGCAGGGCUUGUGCCAGGGAAAAGUUUCCAACAGCAGAGAGAAGCAAUGAAGCAAACAAUAGAAGAGGAUAAAGAGCCUGAAAAAUCAGGAAAAUUGUGGUGUGCAAAGAAGAACAAAAAAAAGAGAAAAAAGGUGUUAUAUAAUGCCAACAAGAAUGAUGAUUAUGAUAAUGAGGAAAUCCUAACAUACGAAGAAAUGUCCCUUUACCACCAACCAGCAAACCGAAAGCGACCCAUAGUUCUUAUAGGACCACAGAAUUGUGGGCAAAAUGAGUUGCGGUUGCGCUUGUUGAACAGUGAGGCUGAUCGUUUUGCCACCGCUGUACCUCAUACUUCUCGAAGUCGAAGAGAUAAUGAAGUAGCAAGUCGAGAUUAUCACUUCGUUUCGAGACAAACGUUUGAAGCUGACAUCAUGGCUGGCAAAUUCAUUGAGCAUGGGGAAUUUGAGAAAAACCUGUAUGGCACCAGUGUUGAUUCAGUGAGACAAGUUAUUAAUUCUGGAAAGAUCUGCCUUUUGAGUCUUAGUACACAGGCUUUGAAAUCGUUACGUAAUUCAGAUUUAAAGCCAUAUAUUACAUUCAUUGCUCCACCUUCCCAGGAGAGAUUACGUGCAUUACUAGCUAAAGAAGGAAGAAAUCCAAAGCCAGAGGAACUAAGAGAAAUAAUUGAAAAAGCAAGAGAAAUGGAGCAAAUUAAUGGGCAUUACUUUGACACAGCAAUUGUGAAUACUGACCUAGACAAGGCUUAUCAGGAAUUACUUCGGAUAAUCAAUAAAUUGGACACAGAGCCUCAGUGGGUUCCAUCUUCCUGGUUGCGAUGA